AUGCCCGUCUCACGACCCUCCCGCCGUGACGAAUUCGAAGUCGCAAUCAUUUGUGCCUUACCACUUGAAUACGACGCCGUAUCCUACGCCUUCGACGAGUUCUGGGACCAAGAUGGUGAUCGGUACGGGCGAGCUCCUAAUGAUCCGAAUACCUAUACAACCGGCCGCAUCGGCAACUUCAAUGUCGUCCUCGCUCUCUUAUCACGAAUGGGCAAGACCAACGCCGCAAGCACCGCAGCUUCAAUAGCCAUGAGCUACAGCGGCCUACGGAUAGCCCUUCUUGUCGGAGUCUGCGGCGCGGCGCCUCGGAAUAAAGACGAAGAAAUCCUGCUUGGGGACGUUGUUAUAAGUAGCCGCGUCAUCGAGUAUGACUUCGGAAGGCAGUAUCCGGACAAGUUCGUACGGAAAGCUACUCUCCAUGAUGGCCAUGGGGGGCACAACAAGGAUAUACGCAGUUUACUGAUAACCCUUGACACUGACCGAGGGCUCAGCCGUCUUGAAGAGUGCACUAUAUCUUUUCUCCAAAAGCUCCAGGCUGAUGUCUUCGAGACAAAGCAUCGGGGCAAGUAUGAUUACCCGGGAACGUCAGAGGAUACGCUGUUCAAGACAUCCCACCGUCACAAACACCAUGGCUUACCAAGCUGCGUUUGCGUCUCCUGCUUCAGUGAUGCCGACCCAGUUUGUGAGGAGGCAACCAACUCGACGUGUGCGGAACUUGGAUGUAGUAACGGGCCUGUUGUUACUAGGGAACGACUACAGGCCAAGCAGCGGGCAGAACAGGAAAGUGAAGCGACCGCUCAGCAUCCCACCAUACACAUCGGGCCUGUCGCGUCGGGGGACAAGGUGAUGAGGUCUGCGGCAGAACGGGACAGACUCUGCAAAGAAGAAGGCGUGAUUGCGUUUGACAUGGAAGGCGCUGGCGUCUGGGAUGAGCUCCCAUGUAUUAUCGUCAAGGGGGCCUGCGACUACGCUGAUAGUCACAAGAACAAGAAGUGGCAACGUUUUGCCGCUGCGACGGCUGCCUCCGCAGCAAAGGCUCUACUA